AUUAAAGUGAUUGCAUGAGAUGUUUGCGUGCGGCCCUCCCGAACUGAUGAGUAUAAAUAGGGGAGCUACUUCAGCUGGAGCGAACAGUAGUGACCUUCAUCUCAUCUCACGUACGAAACUGGGAAACUACCCACAUUGCACCAUGGCCAAAGCUCUCUUUGGUUUACUGUUCACUUGUUUUUAUCUAGAGGCCAUGACUGCUUCAUUCAAGGGGGAAGGUAACUAUGGAUUUAUGUCUGCCUGAAAGCUAUUUCAUGACAGAGCUUCGUGGUUUUCCUUUUUUCGGUGGGGGAUUGGGGCAUAGGAAGUUCUUUCUACCCUUACGGCGCUCUACCGACUUGAUCAGGAGAGUUAAAUUUCUCGUACUUGGUUGUUUAAAACUUAAUGCUCGUCGCAGAAAAAAAGUCUAUAGUUGAACAAGUCGGUAUUUUUUCAGCUUACACGAGAGUCCUAAUGUUAUCAUAGCUUUUCUUUCUGAUCAUUCUAAAUUUGGAGGGAAGACUUUUUGUGAAUGUCGAAAUUACUCUUUGAUAUUGUGGAGUGAACCUUCAGUAAAGGGUAUUCCAUGAAAGAGCAAAGUGUCUCGUGUCAAAAGAGAGUCGUUUUUUUAGGGAUAGGUCUGUUUUUUAAGCCUGAUUGGUCAGUUUUGUCGUGAUAAUCUGGCUGUAACCCCUCAGCUAUCAUUUGCCUGUUGGGUUAUGUCAGUUUCGAUCCGGAAGAUAACUUAGGUCGUUUGUUCGGUUCGGUGGUUUCAGGCUAUAUGUUUUUAAAAAAAAACAUAUAGCCUGAAUUGAUUCAGGAAAUACCAUCCCUUUCCAUCGAUUCAAAAGAGGAAAUUGGAAACAAAAAAAAAAAAAGAUGGGUCCUUUUCCAAAGAGAUAUAGUAAGAUCGAUAAUGACAGUUGAUAUAUCUCUCUGUCUUUUUUUGUCUCCAAAUUGUUUUAGCUGGAUGAAAGAAAAAUAAGACUGAUUUCCUAAAAAACUAUCCUUACAUACUCGAAAAAGUUAAUGUACAAUACUAUGUAUAAUUUAACCUUUGGUCAAAAAGUCUAAAUUACGUCUUUUCAUGUGAAGGUGGAGAAUAUCACCCUGGAUUCCUGACUCCUGAAAUGAGCAAAUACAACGACGAUGAUUGCCUCGGUAAGCCACAACUGUUUUCAUGGGAUUUAUUAAAAGCAAGUCUUGUUUGUUGUUUUUUUUUCGCUGUUUAGCAUGAUUCGCAAUCAGCCUUAUAUCCUGCCAAAGCUCAGCCAGUGGGCUACAACUCCAUGGCUGGAGGACUGCUUAGUAUCAUGAGCAGUGGGCUUCGUAGGGGGCUGCAGUCGAUACUGAAAACAAUUGCCCCCUAGGUCAAAGGGAAAUUUUGAAACUUGAAUUUGACUGCUAAUUAACAGUUUAUCGUUUUAACAUUUCAGAGCCUUGCUCCCUGGAUGUUGCUGUCCUGAUAGAUGUGUCACGAAGCAUGGACAGUAAAGAACGAGAUCAGCUAACCGACAUCUUCAAUAAGAUUGUGGACAAAUUGAGAGUAUCUUCAAAUGGGAGUCACAUGGCCCUUAUAACCUUUGGAUCGGAUGCCAAGAGCAGUUUUACAUUUUCAGACAGAAAUUAUCACAAUGCCGACACCAUAAAAGCAAAGGCAGCGGAGGCAAUAUCUUAUGUACCGAAACAUGACGGAACCCGUACAGACCUUGCCGAAGACCUGGCAGUGAAAGACGUGUUCACCAGAAGAGGAGGAGACCGACCCAGUUUCGGCAAUGUAAUGAUUAUUCUUACAGAUGGAAAAUUUUGGAUUAAUGAAACAUGGGAUAAAAGGGCAGAAGUUGACUUCGAUGUCACAACGGGAAUCUUGAAGGUGAUAAAAUGUAACUUUUAAUUUAGCAUUGUUCAAGGUUUGUUUCAGCUAAUGUUAGGGAUGUUAAUAUCAGCGCUAUUUUAACUCACUCCUCUUGCAUGGAUAAUGAUGUUUUAAGAAAAAAAUUAGACCUACCCUAACACUCAGCACUCUUCUUCGUUCACGUUCUUCAUUUUCUAUCAGCUUCUUGAACAACCUUCCAUUUUAGAAAAACUAGCUCAUAUUCAUUGGGAAGGUCGUCAUUAAGGGUAUGUUACUCGGGGUAUACCGACUAUAUCAAGCAAGACACAUGUUAUGAAUAACUUUCGGUGCGAAUCUAUGCACUGGGAAUACCUCGGCACUGAAAAUUGAAAGUUAAGCCAUGGGAUUUACCUACCAGAAGACCCCAGAACAGAGGAAGGAUAAUUAUAAAUUUUUCUUUUCUUAGAAAAGAGGGGUGAAAAUAAUCGUCGCAGGUAUCGGUAGUGAAUUAUCCAGUGAUGAUGCUGAUGAGAACUUGGAAAAGGUAGCUGGGGAAGAUAAAGACAUAACCAAAUAUGAUGAUUUCAAGGAUCUCUCCAGUAAACUCAAUAAUAUAAUGAGGAAAGUCUGUCGUAAGUAGACGUUAAAACUCUACCAGUCAUUUUAUUUGUAUCCGCCCCUUUACGUAUUAUAUAACAGAUGUCAAAAUGCUCGUGAUAGUGGAGUCACGUGCUCACUUUUAUUUAAACGUCUUAGUGUUACCUGCUUGUAAAGGAAAAAGCAAUAGCAUAUGACGAAUUCUGAAGUUGAUAUGUUUUUGUGUUGUUGUUGUUUGUUCUUUUUAGUGGUGACUUAAUGAACAGUUUUUUAAAUUUCAAGAUGGUGAUGAUGAUGAUGAUGACGAUGACGAUAAUGAUGAUGAUGAUGAUGAUGAUUCAUAUCACAAAUAUUAUAAAUGAAUUUUAUUGCAACCUGCAGGUUAAAUUUUAAGCGCAAAAAAUUACCUCAAGAAAAUCAAAAAAGAAGCCUGAAAGAAAAUUCAAGCUUUCGACAGGACUCGAACCCGUGUAUUCCAGAUACUGGUCAGCAGCUCAGUGCUACCAACUGAGAUACGUAGCUUCAAGUUAGGAGCGAAGCAAAUUCUAUUGGUUUCUACUUUCCCAUAAGUAAUUUGAUUGCCAUUCAAAAGAAGUAAAUUUCAUUCAUUUCAUCAAUUAUUCCAUAAACUGCAUCAGCGAGGUUCAUUUUUGCACUAAAAUUUCAUUUGCAGGUAGAAGAACCUACUAAAAUUUCCGUUGCUCACAAUCCCCCCAACGUGUGUCUCUGUGUGUAGUGCCGCGCAUCCAACCGGUGUUGCUGGGAAGCUCGGACAAGAAUCUCGUCGAAGCUAAAUUUCUCAGACUUCUUUUUACUUUGCCUAAAUGUAGUUCUCCUGCGAGAAUCAUUUCUGCCUUUAGUAUCACAUUUAAAUCUUUUUUUCGAAAAACACGUAUAUUGUUUUAUCAUAAAAAGAAAAACACGUUUCCUUAAAGAACCCACUCUGUUAUCUUUAUUCUUGACAAUCAUUAUAGCACCUAUUAACGGCCAGUACACUCCGUGGUCAAGUUUUUCGUUGUGCAGUAAAACAUGCGGAGAAGGACACCGAACCCGCACAAGGACCUGUACCAAACCUCCCCCGUCUACAUGUGGAAAGGAUUGUAUCGGUGCUGAUAAGGAAACAGAGAGUUGCACAGAGAAUCCUGGUAAGAUGACACUCAUAAAAUUGACUUACAAUAAUUAUUAUUCAUGAUUUUAUAACUACUACCUCUUUCAAAAUCAUGCUAAUUUGACGGAAAAAGCCAGAUUUUCGAAAUUUUUGUCCUACGAAAUUAAGCGAUUAUAACGCUGUGUUAUGACCUUUUGAGCUCUGGCAAAAGAUCACAGCUCUUUCCUGAGAAAUGUGCAACAUGAUUGACGCAUUAAGACGAAUUUAUGAGAUCUUUCCCCAACUACAUGCCAUUCCCAUGUUACUGAAAAGGGAAGUUAUGGUAGUUUUCCACGAGGUUGAUAAUCGAAUGAUACUUAUUGCCCUUUCAUUGUCAAUUUGCAGUUACUGACGGUCGUUACGCAGACUGGUCUGAGUCUGAGUGUAAUGCAAAAUGUGGAGGAGGAACCUUGACUCGCACGAGAGGCUGCACCAAUCCUCCACCUAAUAUAUGUGGAAGGGCUUGCAUUGGGCCUGCCAAAGAGACUAUUACAUGCAACGAAGAAGAAUGCCCUCGUAAGUCAGAGUUCUGCACAAUAAAAGAUUAUCUGUUCUUCUGCAUUCUAAUUUCCUGUAAAUUUUGAAUACAAAAAGUAAAGCCUUUUACUCUGUUUCUCUUGACACACGGUGCUGGUGUUGAUGUCCAAACGUAUUCAUCUGAUUUCCAAGUUGUCUCGUUCCCCUCGUAAUAGUUCGUCAUAAAGGAGAAAGUGAUCUUUUCAUAUUGUCUUUUAGUAGCAUUAUAAAAGUACAGAAUAGUUUACAAAAAGGUUUUGAACCUCUGUGAAGAUAAAAAUAAAAAAAACCAAUUUAAAACAAACCCGGAGAAUCGGAGAACUUUAUUUAAUUCGUUUUCAGUAAGACUUGUAGGAGAAUAAGAAAUCCAGUGCAUGACCUAAUUAUGUGGUUUUGUUUAAUGUCAAUACAGGAUGCCCAGUAGAUCUGGCGUUUGUUUUCGACUCUUCAGAUACUAUUGGGGUGGGUGCUCUGGAAGACGCAAAGAUGCUUGUAAAGAAAAUGGUAAAAGGUCUAGAACUAGGAGCAGAUGAGUCUCGAGUAGCUCUGGUUGUGUUCGCUGAUAAAGUUGAGGUUAAGGCUCGAUUCAGUGAAAACUUAAGCGUCAAACAAUUUCAGGAUAUGGUACAAAACAUAAAAAGCAUCGGCAGCCGAACACGAAUCGACAAGGCCCUCGUAGAAACAAAACAGGUAUUUAAAGAGGGAAGAGAUGACGUGUAUAAGAUUGCAGUCGUGCUGACUGAUGGUAAACAAUCCGAAGGCCCCGAAACUAAAAGCUUGCUAGGUACCUCUGAGCCCUUGCGAAGUGCAGGUGUCCGUGUGUUAGCCGUGGCAGUAGGAACUCAGGCGUCUAAAGGCAGACUAAGGCUGAUGACCGAUUCAAUGGACGAUGUAAAGGAAGAUUAUGAAGCCCUGGAAUACUUCCAGCAGCUAUCUGACAAACUAAACCAGAAUCUCUGUGGUAACUAUUGCUAACCCAGUUGUUAGGAAGUAAGAAGGGUGGUCUCCAUUUUGAUACAGAAUUAGAGAAAGAGCUAACCAAAUUCUAGCCUUUGUCUUCAGUUGAAAGUUAAUCAAUACCGUGCGAGGUUAACGAUAAUAAAGAAAGAAUGGCGACUGAAGAAAAAUGAUUAGAAAAGUAAAUAAUAACAACAACAAAAAUCAACAAUAACUCACCUGACCAAUACUGUCAGGGUAAUAAGGGUAAGACCGAGAUAAUUUGGGCCUGACUUGCCUGUUCGGGCUUACUUGCUUUGAUCCUGCACAAGAAAAAAAAUUGCGCGGAGCGGACUUAUAAAGUUCGUAAUUUUUGGGCAACGUCGGUGAUUGAGUCACAAAAAGCGGAAGAAGACAGUAAUAACAAAGAAUCCAGGAAUGCGUGUAAGAAAUGAGAGAGAAAAAAGCCAACGAUUACGUUUAAAAUGUUGCCAAUACAUUAACAAGCAUCUUUUUCAUUGAUAAUUGAUAUUUUCUUUUUUCUCUUAUGAUUACACAGUUUUUCCAAGGAAACUUCCGUAUCAAGGUAAUGUGUAGUGUCUUUGUAUGCUUUUUUUCUUUUGGAAUGAAAUAGUUUUCCGACCUUUCUUUAGGAUUUAUGACCACUCAAGCACAGAAUUAAUUAACUCAUGUCACGUGACGCCUGGUAUUCUUUCACUAUGAAAAUGGAAAAGGAGUCAUUCAUGGAGAAAUAUGUUUUACGUCUUGUCACUAGCGUAGGACAAAGAAAAAAUUCUGAGUCCCCAUGAGGAAUCGAACCUAAGACCUUCUGUUUCCGCGUUCCGAUGCUCUACCACUGAGCCGCAGAGACUACGGUGAGCGAGGUCUAAUAAGAAGUUCAUAUGACACACGUCCUACAUACUGCUAGGAUAAGCAAUGUCGAUAGCGUCAUGUUUGUAAAUAGAAUAAGAGAUAUGGUAAGUUUCAAAACUUACCAUCUCUGUAAUUCUAUUUACGAGUCAUUCAUACCUUAUUUUAAAUCAACUCAUAUUUUCUUUUUUCUUCUUCCUCUUUUUCCUUCUUGAUACAAAGGAACCGAAGUUUGCCGUGACUCUAGAUCUGUACGUUGCGGAAAGCAUGGCAAAAAUGUUCCCCCAUUUUGCGAAACCGAUUAUGCAGCUGAAAUUUGUCCGAAGUUUUGCGAUCUUUGCAAUCGUCUGGUAAGUACAGAGCUGAUGUUUCGGAAAAAUAGAGCCAGCUGGAAUGUGCUGGUUCAUGUGAAGAGAAAUUUUCUCAAUACUGUUUUUCUUUUUAAAUCAAUACAGGGCAUGACAGUGUAAAAGAAGUGAACAGGCUAAAAGACAUUGACGACGCCACGAGAUUACGCCACUUGACAACGCCUAA